UUGAUGACACUAGAGCCCAGAAAUGUAUCUUCAACAUUUUUGUAUAAAUCGAAACAAAAAAUAUUUUUAAUAAGUAAUCAAGAAGAGAUAAAGUAACAAACGAAGGGUUUCUUUUAACAAACGCGUACUUUUUAAGGAAUUUAAGAGUUUAUUCUAUUAGUUUCGUUAAUUAAUAUCUUUAUCGUGUUAUUUGUUAAUGGAACAAGGGUCGUACGUAAUUCUUUUUCGCGAUGAAUGCGAAAAUGCUGAAGACGCGCAGACAAAGUUUUAAAAACGUCAAUGAAAAUGUUGUUUUGCGAAGCGUAAGCUUUCGACGAAUCGCGACUGCGUAUCACAUCAAUGAAUUGAAUUACACUUCGUAGGUGCGUAUGCUUGCGUAACCGAGUAUCUUGGUCACAGGAAUGUAGUGUCGUUUGAUGAAUUUUUAAACAAAAUUUCGCCGUUUUAGUGUAAUUUUUUAGAUUUGAAACGUUUCCCCAAUAUUGGGUCGAUACGAGGGUUGACGCAUGCGUUAAUGCCCCACGACACGAGACGCUCCCUUCAGUAUUUACGGUCCUAAGGAACUCUUCGCAGAGGCAACAGAGUGAUUCUAAAAAGAAGGGAAACAUGUUUGAGCUUUACGGAGUAAAUAAAGAUGGCAUGGUUUAUCGGUCACCGCCUCCAAGAAGAAAAGAAGUCGACAUAUUAGAGACUUGCUUGCAGCUAUCGUCGCCAGAGCUCAUGAGAAAAUUGCCUAAUGGCGAUGCGCUACACCAUACAAAGGAUUCAGGUGUCUCUACAUCCCUCGACAAAGAUCCACCGAGGGAAAGCGGACGAAGUAUGCUGAGAAGGUGGAUAGUGAUGGCAGGUUUCUUAUUCCUCGGAUGUGCCUUGGUCGCCGGUGUAGGAUUACCUUUAGCUUUAGAACUGCGAAGCUCGCACUUGUUGGAAGUUAGGCUUCAAGUUGUGCACCGAAUGCUCUCCGAGAUUCCUCUCGUCGAUGGGCACAACGAUUUCGCGUGGAACCUCCGGAAGCAUCGAGGAAACACAAAGUUGCAAGACUUUCCGUUCGACGAGGACUUGUCGCGAAACGAGAGCUGGGGUCCUCGGUGGCAAACCGACUUGGUACGGUUGCGACAAGGUAUCGUGGGCGGACAAUUCUGGUCCGUGUACGUUCCGUGCGAGGCGCAAUUCCUCGACGCGGUACAGCUCACCCUGGAGCAGAUUGACGUGGUGCGUAGACUCGCGUCGAGGUACCCGAAGAGAAUAAGACUGGUGACGAGCAGCAAGGAGCUCGAGAAAGCGCACAAGGACGGCGUGAUUGGGAGUCUGGUAGGAAUCGAGGGUGGUCACAGCAUAGGCACCUCCAUGGCGGUCUUGAGGAGCUUUCAUCGACUAGGAGCGAGAUAUAUGACUCUCACGCAUAAGUGCAACACUCCUUGGGCGGAUUCGUGUACGGUAGAAGAUCCAAACUCGGACGCGUCGCUGGGUUUUCACAGUGGCGGGCUGUCAAUGUUCGGCAAAGCUGUCGUUAAGGAGCUGAAUCGAUUGGGGAUGCUCGUGGAUUUGUCUCACGUUUCGUUGAGAACCAUGAGAGACGCUCUGGCGACGACCAAAACCCCGGUGAUAUUUUCUCAUAGCGCGGCCAAAGCUCUCUGUAAUUCGUCCAGCAACGUUCCAGACGACGUGCUUCGCAACUUGUCUGUGAACGGUGGUCUGGUCAUGGUCAGCUUCGACAGCGCGCAUUUGAACUGCGGUGAUAGAGCCUCCAUAUACGACGUCAUAGCUCACAUCAAUCAUAUACGACGAAUAGCUGGUGUUAAUCAUGUGGGUCUAGGCGCUGGCUACGACGGUAUACUAAGUCCGCCGGUCGAACUUCCGGACGUUUCCGGUUACCCUCUGUUGUUGGCGGAAUUGACGAGGGAUCGAAGAUGGUCGGCCUCGGAUAUCAAGAAAUUGGUCGGUGGAAAUCUGUUGAGAAUCUUUAAGGAAGUAGAAAGUUACGCGGCGACGAUGUCGCAUCAAUUGCCAGCCGAAGAGCUGAUCCCUCAGGAGCUGAUCAAGGAUACCAAUUACUGUAGAUACCACGAUUCGUAAAGCCGACGUUCUUCGUGUACAGUUUCAUCUUUAUACCUGGAUUACUCUGUUUUACAUUUUUAAUAAAGUAGUCACGGAUUC